UCGCCCAGCUUUGAAACGGUCGUUUCUUGACUUGCAGAGGAAACAGCUAGAGAGGCGUACUUUUUAUUAUUUCCAGCGAAGAUUGGCAAAGGGGGCAAACCCCACUGAAAUGUUGGGGCGGGGGGGGAUUGACACGCAUAUACAGGAAUGGAGUACUGUGCGUCUUCCUAACCCUUUCACGGACAGCGUCUCAACUCUUAACUGAGGAAAGAAAACCGAACAGUAUACAAGCAUGUUUUGCCCAGUUAAGGUGCACAGCGUUGGAAUGAAACGAAGCUGCUCGAAAAGGGUAAAACUGACCGAAAAGAAAAAGGCGAGCGUCUGAGGGCAAGCAGGGCACCAGAGGGAGCGGGGGCGUAAAGAAUGCGGCCGGGUGUCACACGGACGGAAAAACAACAAACACGCCAAGGGGAGACGGCCGGCCUGGACUCUGUCCUCGCUUCAGCCCUGCGACGGCAGGCGCGUGUGGAGAAGCUUUUCUCGUACGUGAACUGACGGCGGCGGUAGCGCCCUCGCUAUCCCCCCUCGCGCCCCUGCGGAGACGGAGGGCGCAGGAGAAGGAAGGAGGACGAGGAGGCGGGGGGAAACUGUAACGCCAGGAGCAGGAGGAGGAGGAGGAGGAGGAAGUAGCGGCGACCGACGAGAAGGGAGCUUGGCGGAGGCGGAGCCGGCGCUUGAGCCCGGCCGGCCUGCACUCGGCUCAUUACGACGGCCGCCACCGGCAGCAGCAGCAGCAGCAGCAUUUGGCUGCCUUCGGAAAUGGGUCUUGAAAGUUAAUGAGUCUGGAUAAGGUGCAUCAAUGUGGAAGCAUCGGUUUCAUACGUUUUAGGGACAGAUCUGUGGUACACUCAAGAAUAAACAAUCCCUACCAGAAUUGCUGCAUUUCAUAAUGAAGAAAAUUAGUCUCAAGACCAUUCGUAAAUCUUUUAACUUAAAUAAAAGCAAAGAUGACAGUGACUUUGUUGUGGUUGCACAGCCAUCAUUAAAUGAUUUUGGAAAAGAUGACUCCUUGUUUGCAGGCUGUUAUGGUAAAGAUUUGGCUACCUGUGACAUGAACGGCGAAGAUGAGAAAGGUGGCAAAAACAGAUCAAAGAGCGAAAGCUUAAUGGGUACAUUAAAAAGACGACUUUCAGCAAAACAGAAACAAAAAGGUGGAAAGGGCAGCACACCAUCUGUGAGCUCUGCUGAUGAAGAUACCUUUUCUUCUUCUUCUGCUCCAAUAACUUUCAAAGAGGUAAGAGCUCAAAGACCUCUUCGGUCCACAUCCCUCCGAAACCACCACUAUAGUCCAACACCAUGGCCUCUUCGUCCAACAAACUCAGAAGAAACAUGUAUAAAAAUGGAAGUGAAAGUAAAGGCCUUGGUCCACUCGACAAACCCAAGCCCUGCACUGAAUGGUGUACGCAAAGAUUUCCAUGACUUGCAGCCAGACAGCAGGUUCCAUGAACAAAACAGUGCAUUCAAAAGUACAGAAUCUCAGAAUGGAGAUUUGCAUCUUCAUAUUGAUGAACACGUGCCUGUAGUUAUUGGACUUAUGCCUCAGGACUACAUUCAGUACACUGUGCCUUUAGAUGAGGGAAUGUAUCCUUUGGAAGGAUCACGUAGUUACUGUCUGGAUAGUUCCUCACCCAUGGAGGUUUCGACGGUUUCUUCUCAAAUGGGUAGUAGUACGUUUCAUGAAGAAGAGGUUUCAGUGAAUCAAGACGUAGUAGUUGCUCCAGAUAUCUUUGUGGACCAAGCAGUAAACGGUUUAUUGAUUGGUACAACAGGAAUCAUGUUGCAAAGUCCAAGAGUUAAUGAAGUUCCCCCACUCUCGCCAUUGCUACCUCCAAUACAGAAUAAUCAAAUCCAAAGGAACUUUAGCAGCCUGAAUGGCACAGAUGUCCAUGUGGCUGAAAGUAUGCGCUGCCAUUUGAAUUUUGAUCCUAACUCUGCACCAGGAGUUGCAAGAGUCUAUGAUUCUGUACAAAAUAGUGGUCCGAUGGUUGUAACAAGUCUCACAGAGGAACUUAAAAAACUGGCGAAACAAGGAUGGUACUGGGGUCCGAUCACACGAUGGGAAGCAGAGGGGAAAUUAGCGAAUGUUCCCGACGGUUCAUUUCUUGUACGAGACAGCUCUGAUGACCGCUACCUUUUAAGUCUGAGUUUCCGUUCUCAUGGUAAAACACUUCAUACUAGAAUUGAGCAUUCAAAUGGUAGGUUUAGCUUUUAUGAACAGCCCGAUGUGGAAGGACAUACUUCUAUAGUUGAUCUAAUUGAACACUCGAUUAGGGACUCUGAAAAUGGUGCAUUUUGCUAUUCGAGAUCUCGAUUACCUGGAUCUACAACUUACCCAGUCAGACUAACUAAUCCAGUAUCUCGUUUCAUGCAAGUGCGUUCCUUGCAGUAUCUCUGUCGCUUUGUUAUACGUCAGUAUACCAGAAUAGAUCUGAUUCAGAAACUGCCUUUGCCAAACAAAAUGAAGGAUUAUUUACAAGAAAAGCACUACUGAAGCUUAUGGGAAACUUGCAGCUUGCACUUUGGGAAUAACAACAACAACAAAUAAAAGAGUGGUUGAUACACAGUUUACAAACUUAAUUAUUACCUGGGAUUUUUUUGCUGCCAUAAUUUCAUUUUUGUGCAUAAAGAAAAAAAUGCAUUUUGAGUUUAAUGGAUAUUUGGGGGUUUUCUUUUUUUUUAAACGAUCUCAAAGCAUUUUUUAGAAGAGUAAAAUAACUAUAUUUCAUUCAGUGUGCAAAAUAAUCACAAUGUGAAUGAUAAAUAUUGUCCUUAAACUCCCCAUUUCCUUUGCUGCUAAUCCACUGUGAUUUUUAUGCAUUUGAAGCACAUUUCAUGUGUUUUCAACCAUACGUAAAAAAUUGAAACUUGAUGGGAUAUAUUUUGUCAUUUUCAAAUAGUCUGGGGUUUUUUUUGUUUUUUUCUUAAUUUUAAAAAAGGUUUGGGGUAAAAUAAUACCGGUGUACCAAAUUUGGAUACAUGCUUAAAAUGAUCCCCUAAUAUCUAAUUAAAAACAUAUAACUGUGGGUUGGAGGGAAUAUGUGAUCCAAUACAGUUAUGCAUCAUACAUUUUGAAAGCUUCCUAUCUCCUAAGCAGUUCCAUAAUUGCAGAUGUUGCUUUGUUUCUUUUGUUCAUUCUUAAGCAUUUUUAAAUUUGAAAAUAGCCUUUGAAAAUGAAUACUGGAAGUCAUUAAUAAUAUUCAAACAAAAAGCUAAAUAUACUUAAAACAUUGAAAAUGUUUUGAAGGGGUUAUAGAAAUUGGAUUUAAAUAAAACUAUUCAGGUAAUUUCAGAACUCUGAGAUUUGUCUCAACAGAAUUUUUUAAAAAAUGAUGUAGCAUUGAAUUUAAAAAUACAGGUAGUCCUCAACAUAACCAUUUGUCAAGCAUCUGUUUGAAGUUAUGACCCUGAAAAUCCUGACUAGUUAGUCCUUGAAGUUAGGACCACCAUAGCAUCCCCAUGGUCACAUGAUCAAAAUUCAGUUGCUUGGUAUGUAUUCCCGACAGUUGGGGCAUCCUGGGGUCAUGUGAUCCACCCAGCUAGCUUUUGACAAGCAAAGUCAUGGACCAGAUUCAGUUAAUGACCACACACUUAACUACAGUGAUUCUCUUAAUAACCAUUGCAAAAAAAAUAAUGACGUUGGACGGAUUAGUAACAGAAAUUCUGAUUCUAGUUGUGGUCGUAAGUUGAGCACUACCUGUAUCCUGUAAUUAAUACAACAAUUGGACCUUAAAUAAUAGGGAUUUAAAUUCCAUUAAUUUCCUUGGAUGAGGUAACCACAUGUAUAAUCUUUUCCCAUGGAAAAUAAAAAGAUUAAGAAGUACUUAAUUUUGGCCUUAGUUUUAAAUGUCCUUUCCUUUUAUUGUUCAGCAUUAAUUUAUCAUCAUUAUCAUUUAGUUUAAUUGGCAAAUAAAGAGAACCAAAAUUAACCCCAAAUAUUAUUCUUGAAAUAAAAAUUCGUGUUUUAAAAUUGAAGACUGUGACAUUAAAUAGCAAAAUAGUCGCCAUAGGAAAUAUUCAAGUGCAUUGCCACUUUCAUUCAAAUAAAUUCUUAUUUGGAAAAAAAAAAAAAGGAAAAUCUAUACAAUUUUGGAUACUUAUAAUGGGAUAAUCUGCCAGGAACAAGAAGAUUUCCAUAGCCUUAGUAUAUUGUUUUUUCUCACUUUAGUGAGGUUUGCAUAGGAGAAAUUUCCAAUGACUUCAAAGCCCUAUAGCCUAAACCCAAUUUUGAAGAACACCUUCACCUCUUUUGAUGAAAAAUUGGAAAAAGUUGAUGUUAAUUGGCUCCAUUGCCUUCAAUAGGCUUUAAGUCUGAUGGUGUUGUUUUGUGUAUGUUUUUGUAGAAAAAAAAUGCCAAUAGGUUUAUAAAGAAAUUAGAGCCUAACUGUUUAAAAAUAUUUGUGGUCAAAAGACAUUUUCUGCAAUUUGUUCCAUGAUGAACAUUAUACUAUGGAAGCAAAGUAUUUUUAUGUUUAUUAAGAGUUUCUGUGAACCAAAAUCUUAACAAGUAGGAAACUGUAUUCUGAAAUUUCUGAAUAAAAUCAUGCAAUUUGAGAGAGUGGUUUUAAAGUUACAGAAAUUAGUUUGUGCCACUGCAAUGUGUCUCAUUUGUUUUUGUUUGCAUUUUUCUAAUUUGAAUACUGAAUAUUUUACUGAUUAUUAAAACAUUUAAAGGGUGAUGAAAAUUUGAGAAAUCUUUAUUUUGGGAUACUUCACUCUUGCUUCUUCUACCUGUUUUGUGAUUUUUCUGAAUGAAUUUAUAUAAUUAAUAUUAUGGAGGUGCUGCAGUGGCCUGACAUCUUGGGUUGUGUGAGUCAAUAUGCUAAAUUUCUAUUUUUAAAAAACAUAUUUUUAGAUCAUAAUGUUUAAGAGUAUCAGAGACAAAGUAUGUCUUUUGUUCUGGGAUAUAGAGGGGGAAACAGCUCUCUUACCAAAUUACAGAAUAAUAGAUUUUGAAAACUAAAUUAUAUAAAGAGAGAUGUUCUUAAAUUCCUGCGCAAAAUUUUUCUAUAUAUGUGUGUAUAUCUUAGCUUUGCCAUUCUGAUAUUUAUGCAAAAUCUUCAUUUUUGUUUCUUAAUUUUUACUCCCAAGCAAGAUUACAAAUUUUAUAUAUAAAAGGCACAAUGAUAUAUGACGGUACCAUGUUUUGUCUAAUGAAGAAAAGGAAUUAUUUUCUACAGUAGGAAAGUACAUGUUAGAGUAUAAUCCUUGCCUCUAAGAAAUGUCAAAUAAGGACUGUUUAAUUAGUGGUAGAUGAAGAAAGUUCUCUGGAGUAACUAAUGUAUAUUAUGACAAAAAGUCCCAGUGUUUAACAAAGAAUGAUUUGAGGGACUAUGAUGGUAUUACAAUUCCAUAUUUAGAUUUUUAAUAGCCCAAUCCUAUUUUCAGCUAUAUGGUAGACUCUGAACCCGCUUACUACAUUUGUCGCCAUCUUUUUACAUCUUCAGUUCAUUAAUAUUAAAAAUACAUGCUUGUAUUGCACGCCUAGUCCUAUCCCUCACAGAACAAACAAGUUUUUCUCAUUAUAUAGAACUAGGAAAGACACCAUACAUUAGCAAAUGGCCAUGUGAAUGAGAAGGUCCUUCUUCAGUACCCUCCUUAACCUUUCUGUCUGCCCUUCAUUUUCCAGAGAGCCAGAUUAGAAUAGCUACAGCCAAUGUCAUGCACUAGUCCCUCAUUCACUGAACAAUAACAAAUAAAAUUAGAAGCAGAAAUGAGCCUUGAGUCACCUACAUUUGGCCGAGCAAGAAUUGUUCACCAAUAGGAGCAAAUCUGCUUUGAUCUUCUAGGCCAGGGGUGUCAAACUCACCAGGGUUGUGUUUGACUCCGGGGCCAGGGUGGGCGUCACUCAUGUUGGCGUCUGUGGUGGCCCAACUGCUCUGCUAACAAAAACAGGCCCCCGAGCUCCAUUUUCAGUCAUGACAGCCUUCUGCUGCCCUCUGCCAGUGAAAACUGAGCUUGUGGGGAUGUUGCCCCCCAAUCUUCCUUUUUACUGGCAGUGGGCAGCAGGCCAGUCCUUUGCUGUUUCUAGGGUGAUUCCAUGGGCAAGAUCUAAGCACCCCAAGGGUUGGAUCCAGCCCCUGGGCCUUGAGUUUGACACCUCCGUUCUAGCUUAUGAAGAGACAACCUAGCAAAGGCAAUGCUAUCUUUGUUUUCUGCUUUGGUUGGCUAUGGCAGCGGCUGGUUAGGUAGAAGGUUGGAAGAACUUGAGAAAUAAUCCACUUAGGUCUUCUGGGCGGCAGCUCUUUAAGGUAGUAAGACAAAUAGCUAUUGAUAAUUGUUUUGAACCUAAUCUUCAUUAUGCCAAUUAAGACCUUAGCUGUAUCUCUCUCUGCAUGUGUGUGUCAAUAAGUGGUAUGUUGCAUAUUAGAUUUAAAAAAGAAUGGAAAAUUCUGCAAUGGCUUGAUUGAAAAUUUCAUCACAAAAUUUCUUGCUUGUGUACUCAUUGUAGAAAGCACAUAUUUUGCCAUGCAUAAUUAUAUGCUGCUUUCUUUUCUUCUGCACAUUUCUGUUAGUGAGUGCUCCCUUAUUCAGUGUGACAAUUCAGAACAACAACUGAAACAUGGAAAUACCUGUUUACAAAAAGUGCUGCAACGAAAUGGUAUUUUUCUCCCAAAUAUUACAUCACUUGAGCAAAUACACAGCUCAUGUUGGGGAACACAUAGGCUGUUACAUAUUUAUGUUUAGUACAUUUUAAGAAAAAGAAAAUGGGCAUCCUCAAAACGGGAAACUCUUGGUUGCCUAACAUUUCUUGUAACACAAUGAGAAAUUUAGAUUAUGUGAAAGUUUUUAUGCUAUUGAAAUGUUGAUAAAAAAAGUCCCAUCUGACAGUAUUGAUAUAAACCAAAAUUUGAUUAAUUAAAACAAAAUUACUAUAACCUGAAUGUUAGCAUAGUUUAAAUUAAUAAAUGCAAUUGGAAAAUAUUAGUAAUAUAAUUUUUUUAAAAAAGGUUUCAGGAGAUUUAACAUAAAAAUAACAAAAAAUCACUCUGUUACAAAGUUAAUCACAAAAAUAAGGCAAUAACAAAAGUUGCUUUUCUGGUUGCAUUUCUCUGUUCAAAGAUCAAAAAAGUUUUUUAAAAAAGCUGCAGUAAAAAUCUACAGUGAUCAAUUUUUGUAAAUGGCCAUGUCAACCAACAUGCACACUUAGGUAGAAGAAUUCAGAUUGAAUUCUUGAAAAAUAAGAGAAUCUUUAGAAAUUAGCCAAAUCUUUUAAUAGAUUAAAUUGUUAGAAGCAACAGAUAUUUUCAGUGUUGCUGACAUGUAUCUGUCUGUCUUAUCUAGCUGUUAUCUAAUAAAUUAGAAAAUAAUUUUAAAUUAUUUUUUUUUCAGAAAUAACAUGCAAGGCAAUAGCGAUGAAAAACUGAUCUAUCUAUCUAUCAGGAAGAAUGUGUGUGUUAUAUAUACUUAUCUGUGAGGCAGAAAUUCUGGUACAUUGGUUCAUGGACAAGCAGCAAGUUUUUGUUUCUCUUUUUCCAUAUAUAUCUAUAUUAGCCAAUGCUUUACAUUUGUUCUAUAAAUAGAGCACCAGAGUCUCAAAUGUUACUUGUUUCAGUACUUCCCCAAACCACACAAAGGGAUAUUUCUUAUUGUCUAUUCAUGAGGCAAAGAUACAUACUUAAUCCAUAAAUCUUAAACACCUAGUAUAAGACUUUUACAUGCAGCUCAUGCCUUCUCUGAUUCUUAGCACUGGACAUAAUGUCUUACAGGAAUUCAUUGAAUAGAGCCAAAACAAUGGUUUUCCUAUUUCAAGGAUCUUGUAACACAGCUUGUAAAGAGUAUCAUGAUAAACUUCAAAGGAUGUUUCACCUAAAUCCAGGUCUUUGAUGUGGGAAAUUUCCAUUUUUCCAAUGGAAAAUCUUACAUAUCGUAGAAUUUGAAUUAAAAGUAGUGAAGAUCUCAAUAUAUUCCAUAACAUCUGUAAC